CAGCAGCGGAGCCUGGAGACGGAGAGCCUCGGUGACGGCGGAUGCCGCUGAGUGUGCGGAAUUCUGUCCCGAAGAAGAGAAAAAACCCGGAUGAGAAGCUCCCGGAGCGACCUGGGGAGUCUGCUUCUUCUGCUCAGGUAAUGGCGCCCACGCGGAUGAAGCUGCGCGUGCGUCGGCGUGGUAAUGUGGCUGGAGGUACGGGUGGCGCAGACAGAGGGGGUCAGCCAGAGGAAGAGGAGGGGAGGAGUCAGGAGAGCGGCGGUCGGAGCAGCAGGAGGAAAAGCUCCCAUAACACCUCAGCUGGAGCUGCCACCACCUCCUCGUCUCCUCCCUCCUCCUCCGCCUCAGCGCGGGCGGUGAUUACGGCCGAGGAGGCGUCGCCCGACUCCAAGUGCCCAAUCUGCCUGGACCGCUUCAAUAACCUGGCGUACCUGGACCGCUGCCUGCACCGAUUCUGUUUCCCCUGCAUCCAGGAGUGGUCGCACAACAAGGCUGAGUGUCCGCUCUGCAAGCAGCCCUUCACCUCCAUCCUGCACUCGGUCCGCGCUGAGGACGACUUCAAGGAGUAUACGCUGCGGCCGGCGCCGACAAACAGCAGCGUCGCUGCCACCGUUGCGAUGGUGGCGGCGAUGGCUUCUGCAGCAAGGAGCAACCAUCAAAUGAGGCUGAUGCUGAGGAGGCACAGAGCAGCAGAUGUUGGAGAGACGACCACAAGGAGGUGGAGGAGGGAGAGGAGUGCAAGAGCAAGGGGAGGCAGGAGUGUCGGGGAGAGGACAGGUGUGUGGGAGUGGUACCUCGAUUCUCCUCCUCUUGCUCUGCCUCCUCUUCCUCAGCAUCCCGCCGUCUCUCCUGUUGUUGCAGAGGACAGUGAGGAUGUAGAAGACCCAGGGGAGCAGGGGAGGAGGGCAGGGGCUGAUCUGGACGAGCACGGGGUGAUAUUCGAGGGUUUGACCGGACUCGGUGGGGCAGUGGCAUCUGUGGUUCCCAACGACCGGGCAUCGCGGCGGCUGAUGACUCGUUUGGCAGCGAGGCGGCGGCUGCAGCGAGAAGGGGGAACUGUGCGGCGGUUGAGGGAGAGAGAGACUGUGGCCUUCCGUCGCACCCUCUACCGCUGUGGCAUACGGGUCCACGGUGUUGCCGGGGUCGGUAUCGAGGGGCAGCAGCAGCGUGACAUCACAGUAGAGAGCUUCCGGAGGAACCCCGUCCACCUGAACAGACUUCGGCCCUGGCUGCGGCGGGAGCUCACCGUGCUGUACGGAGCGCAUGGCUCGCUAGUUGACAUCGUCCAGCGCAUCAUCAUGGCACGGCUCGCCCGUCACGGCCUGGAGGACACACCUACAAUAGAAGAAGAGCUGCGACCAUUCCUGUUGGCCCGCGCAGACCACUUCCUGCAUGAACUUGUCAGCUUUGCCCGCUCGCCACUCAGCCUGGAAAACUACGACCUGCAGGCAGUGUACGAGCCGCCGGCCACUGCGCAGGAGCUCGAUGGGACGAGCAGCUCCACCGACAGCAGCUCCGUCAUCGCCAUCUCUGAAGGCGAGGAAGAGGAGGGACAGGCAGGAGGAAGACCAGAGGAGACGCUGCUGGGGAGGGGGGCGGGAGCUCACGAUGACGUCAUCCAAGCUGGAAGCUGCCUCAGCCUGUCAGCCUGGGACGACGAGACGCCGGGCCCCUCCUACACCACCGCAGAGCCCUCGUGUUCCCUCGCCUCACUGUCGUUCAGCCCCGCCUCUCAGGGGGCUCCCACUGAGGAGGGAGGAGAGAAGCAGGAGGGGGAGGAAGAGUGUCUGAUAGUCGGAUACAAGAAGCCGAUAGCGGAGCGGACUCCUGAGCUGGUGCAGCUGUCCUCAGACACAGAGGAAGAGGAGGACAAGGAGAAAAAGGAGGAGGAGAACGUGGCCGAGGAGCCUCCUCCCCUCCACGCCACCACUCCUGACCUCCACCUCCUGACCUCCACCAUAAUCCCGCCCUCCACGUCCGGUGCCUACAGAGACGAGCAGGCCGACAAGCCGAAGGAGAAAGAUGGCGGGACGGGAAGCUGUCGCUCACGGGUCUGGUCAGGCAGCUCGGAGAGAAGCAGGAACUCGGUGUGUUCGCUUAGCCCGAAGACGCCUGGAGAGAGCGAGCGGCGGCGGGACAGGGGGUGCUGGAGGGACAGGAAGCAGGCUGCAAGCGAAGCAGCGAGGGAGAAGAGGAGGAGGAAGAGGAGCAGGAGAGAGCGGGAGAAGAGCAGCGACAUGGUGAGGAAGAGUGGCACCCUGUGCAACCCAAACCUGUCCAUUUAUCCCGCCGCCAUGCGCCGUCGCUCCCGCACCCCCUCGUCCUUUCACUCCAGCACCGAGUCCAGCCCACCGGACUCCAACUGGGAGUACCGCUGUUCCCAGGUUUCCCCUCUUACUUCCUCCGACUCCUCACCGUCCCGCUCUUCCUCGUCCUCCUCACUGCACUGGUCCUCCCCACGGCCGUCAGCACAGCCGCCGCUGACGCCCUCGCUCUCCCCCAGCAAUCGCAGCAGCUCUCACCACGGAGAGAAGCCGGGCGGGAAGAGGAAGUACAAGAGCCGCCACCUGGACAACAAUGACAAGGACCCCACGUGGAGGCCGAGCAGCAGCCAUCGCAGGGAGAAGAGGAGGGAGCGCAGGGAGAAGGAGAGGAGGAGGAGGAGAAGAGAGAGGCAGAGGAGGGGCGCUCUGCGGGACAGCGGGGGAGACAGCAGCAGGAGGUGCAGAGAAGACCGGAGUCCAAGCGUGGAGAUCAUCUACGAGGGCACCAUCACCUCCCACGCAGCAACUCGAACCCCCGCAGGCAAGCGGCGCAGGAAACAACCGCGCAGGACACAACACUGCAGCUCUCCAGUCAUCAUCACCCUGGACAGCGACAGCAGCCGCGACGACAUCAACAACAACAACAACAACAACAACAGCAGCGGCAGCAGCAGUCCGGUCAGCAGCCAGCAGACUGUCGAUUUCUCAGACCUUCCUCCUCUCCCGUUGCUGCAUUCUGCCCGUGUGGAUGGAGCCUUGAAUGCAGAAAUUGGUGAGCUUCCGGUUGACAUCCUGGACCGAGGAUCUGAUGGGUCAGAGACCGAACCAGUGGGCCAACCCGAGGCAGCACGUUCCGUCGGCAUUUACAACAGCGACAACAGCGAUCGCGAGGUGGACGUGGAAAACGUUGAUGAGAGGGGCUCGCUGUUGGGAUCGGAUGACGACAAACGACCAAUGAGAAGGGCUGAUGCAGAAGCGGGGACUGUGGACAGUGACUCUCCAACAGCAGAGAGCAAUGCUGCCUCCACAGCAACAGAUUUGGUUCACAAAACAGACUCUGAGUUCUCCACUUCUGACAGCCGUCUGCUAGCAACCAUCCUCAAUGACCUGAAGGGAAUCGCUGCACCUAAACGUGAUCACUCAUUCGGCUUUGAGUCCAGUUGUUUAUCCGGCACCAGGAAAAAACAUUUUAGAGCUCAGCGUGAGGUCAGUCAGGCUUAUUUGAACCAGGACGACUGGCUGGCUGAGGCAAGACAUCCCAGUCUGCCUGAGCAGCAGCAGUCUAACGAUGGCAGAGGCCAGAGUCAGAGCCUGGGCUUGCCGACAUUUCACGCCUCCAUUCCCCCUCUACCUCAUCUCGAGCAAUUAAAAGAGCGCAGGGUCAGAGAGGAGGCCAAGGACCUCCCUCCCCUCCUGAAACAGGCCAGUCCUGUUGGGUCACGUAACAGAAACACACCGCCGCCAUUAAAACACGGCGGUGCUGGGAGUCAGCGCCUUUUAUCUCAUGUUGAUCCGCGCUCGCCUCACACCUCUGCUGAUGCUAACCCAGGUGUUGAGCUUAGUUCAGAUUCUACCAUCUCCUCCAUGACGUCCUGUUUGGGUGCUGAGCUGCCUAAAGAUAACCAGGCCAUACCUCCCAUUUCAACGCUGAAGAAACAUUUCAUGAGCACUUUGGCAUUGAGAGGAGAGCCGGUCUCGACGAGGGACGUUUCUGCCGUUGACAUGCUUUCUUCCUGUGAUUUAGCAGCCAUUAGCUCCCAUUCAUCUGCUCCUUCUCAAGUUGGAGCAGUUGCCAUCCAUUCCACAACUCACAAACCUACCACUGACUCCCAUUCCGAAAAUACUUCCGCAAGUGCCGAUUGUUUACCACAUCUGGACUUCAGUUCCUUUGGUUCUUCAAAGUUACAUGCUGGCAUUGAUAGCACAAAGGAAAUAUCUUCUGACCUUAGGCCAUCACCCAUUGAGUUGCAUCCUGUGAAUUCUUUAUCUCCCACUGAUUUCCAUUCAGCCGAGAUUUGCAGGUCCAAAGCCAAGUCAGCUCACUCUGACUCUACCUCCACAGGUUACAGGAAUAGGUUUAUAGGCCCAAAUGUCUGUUGGGUAGCACCCACUGACCUCCAUCCAUCCAGCAGUGUUUCUGCUGAAGGUGCACUGGCAGGUAGGGAUGAUUUCUCAGGAGCUAACUGUAACAACAUGUCACCUGCUGGCUUUGUUUCUUCCACUGAUACCAGGACUCUGAAUCCCUGCUCACCCAUUGACUCGUACUCUUCCAGUGAGAGAGAAAACCUGGCCAUGAAGCUUUCUCCUUCUCGAGUUAGUUCAGUGCCAACAACACCUGCUAGCGCCAGGUCGCUACCCUCUUACGCGGAUCCCACAAGCCCCAAAUCUACCGUUGACCGCCACUCUUCCAGUGCAGCUUCAGAAGGACCGACAGACAAUGACGUAUCGUCAUUGAUCAUUCGUGAGGAAAGUUUGCCACAUGGUCGCCUGCCGCCCGUUGAUGUGCAUUGUACAAGUCUCAUGCCCCCUGCUAAUGAGCAUUGUUCUAGCUUUGUCAGCACCAUGACUGAUGAUCACCUGGACCACAGAGCCUUAUCCUCCACUGCCUUCCAAACAUCACAUAGAAAAUGCAGUUCUCAGUCCAAACCCCCCGCUGAAUCCCAGUCUAAACCUCUCCGCCCCAUUGACUCUGAUUCAAACGCUCACAACCACUUUGAUUCCAGCUCCAACCCACAGUUCCCCAUUGACACCUGUUCAGAACACAGCUCCCCUAUUGACUCCCAGCAUGAAUCCCAGCCACCCAUUGACUCUCAUUCAAAAACCUCUCGUAGAGACUUUCAGCUUCCCGCAGCCAAUCACAUCACGUCUUCCCCCCAGUCUGUGGAGAACCAGUGGAACUCCUCCAUUGAUGCCCAUUCAUAGACUCAGUCACCCACUGACAAGCAGCAGCAUCUGGAUGAAACACACACACACAGCAAACACACAAACAUUGCUGACAUGAAAAGAGAUUUAAAUGUUUUGAGGAUUUAAUGGAUAAAAUGUAAGGAAUGAACUGUUGGUUUUUUUAACCCAUCGCUGUUUUUAUUUAGUUUGUUUUUAAGAUGAGUUGUGUUCAUUUCAAAACGUAACCUCUUUCCUUCCAUGUCAUUCCUGUGGACUCGUUCAUCCUGCUGGUAGAUGCUGUGUGUCUGUUUGUUUGGAGUGUAGUUUAAAAAGUAAUUUCCGAAUGUGACUUGUAGUUUGUUGGGAUGAUGAGAAAUUUGGACAAACUGACGUGCGAGUCACAAGUUGAUACAUCAGAAGCUUUUAUUUUUGAAAUAUUUAUAUUUUUAAUUGGCACACAAUGAGCCAUAUUCUGUUUGCUGCAGAGGGGAACAAUAAAACAGAUUGAGGUGUUAAAAUGAGGUUGAAUUUGAGGUUGUGUGGCGUCAUGAUUAUGAAGAACUGAAGUUACUUGAGGAUUUGUUUGUUGUUGCAGGGACGGAUGAGACACGACAAAGUAUUUUAGCCCACCGACUUCAGCAGGCCAACGCUAACGUGAAGCGACCAUCCCACCUGUCUCAGGUCACGUCAACAAAAAGGAAGCUGGAGUCCAAAUUAAAUGGAGUUUAAUGCGACAAAUUCCCGUCUAAUAAAAGUCCUUUUGUUAAGGCUUGAUAACUAGUGGCCUUAUUCUCGGUUAACAACUCAUUCACUCAUGCGUUUAAGCCAUUAAGACUGUUGGUUUAGCUGGUGUUUGUUCUGCAGGACACUUGGCUUAUGAACACUAUGGAACCACUCACCUCCUGCUGAAGCCUGCAGAACAUCUGGACCAAAACUGAUGUAUUGAUUGACUGAUUAGUUGAUUAGCCGUGUGUGAGGAUGUUUUUGUCUCAUGUUAAUAAACUGAACAUCUGAUUGUUUUACUGACAGCAUCA